GUAGGCGGCGGCGGCAGCCGCGGUGUUGAGGGCCGGCUCGCUCGCCCGCCCGCCCGCCCGCCCGCCGCUCUCCUGAGGCGACCCUCGGCGCAGCGCCACCACGGAGGGCCCACGGCGGAGACGGAGGCGACGGAGGCGGCUCCGGAACCUCGAAGAGGACGAGCGGGCCGCCGUCAUGGAGUCCCCCGCGCAGCUGAAGGACCGCAUCCUGGAGAACAUCUCGCUCUCCGUCAAGAAGCUGCAGAGCUACUUUGCUGCCUGCGAGGAUGAGACCCCCGCCAUCCGAAACCACGACACGGUCCUGCAGCGUCUCUGCGAACACCUGGACCACGCCCUGCUUUACGGACUGCAAGACCUUCCUUCGGGCUACUGGGUCUUGGCGCUCCACUUCACCCGCCGAGAGGCCAUCGAACAGAUAGAAUUGCUGGAGCACGUGACCACCAAUUUGGGGCGCAGCCGAGCGUGGCUGUACCUGGCCUUGAACGAGAACUCCCUGGAGAGCUACCUCCGCCUCUUCCAGGAGAACCUGCCUUUGCUGCAUAAGCAUUACGUCAAAAAUGCCCUGGUCUGCAGCCACGACCACCUGACCCUCUUCCUCACCCUGGUGGCGGGCCUGGAGUUUAUCCGAUUUGACCUGGACCUGGAUGCCCCUUACCUGGACUUGGCUCCCUACAUGCCAGAUUACUACAAGCCCCAGUACCUGCUGGAUUUUGAGGACCGGCUGCCCAGCUCCGUCCAUGGGUCCGACAGCCUCUCCCUCAACUCCUUCAACUCGGUGACAUCCACCAACUUGGAGUGGGACGACAGUGCCAUCGCCCCCUCCAGUGAGGAUUAUGAUUUUGGAGAAGUCUUCCCUGCAGUGCCGUCCAUGCCUACCACAGCAUGGGAAGAAGGAGACCUGACUGAUACGCUCAGCUGUCCACGUUCUGUGGCCUCCGAGUUGAACAGCUGCCAGGCUUCCGCCAAGAGCCCCACCCAGCGCUACAACCCUUUUGACGGGAAGGUGGAAGCACCGUCAUCCGCUGAGAGCACCCCAGUGCACGCUGCCUCGCUGAAGGGCGGCUUCGCGCCUGAAGGCACCGAUCAGUCUGAGGGCGGCACAGAGCUGGAGGUCAUCAGGUUGGCUAAAAAGAAGAAAACAGGCAAGAAGAAGAAAGUGAAAUCGGAGGAGGCCUCUGUCCCCUCCUUCCCUGCUCCUGCUGGAGACCAGGCGGUGGACCAGGAGGCCGGGCGGCCAUGGACCACCCCAGAGUCCAACCUGACAGUCAGCACCGAAGCACCGGCCCUCUGCCAGCUGGGGCUCCAGAUCCCCGAAAUGAAGGACACGGCUAUGGAACGGGUGGGGCAGGAACUCAGCAAGGUGAUCGACUCGCUGGAGGCGGCCGACGGGUGGAGCCGCCCCCUGGAUCCCCCGGACCAGUCCUUUCGGACCGACUUGCCAGGGGACCCCCCUUCGGAAGGGCCAUCCCUUGGCAGCUUUGGUCAGGGUCUGCCGGCCCCCAUGGACUUCUACCGCUUUACCGUUGAGAGUCCAAACACUCCUGCAACAGGUGGUGGCCACCAUGACUCUGCAGGGCAUGGUCAACCGGCACAUGUUUUUGGUAGCCCUGAAGCUCCUGAACAAGAGGAAGAAAGAGGAGGAGAGGGGGAGGCUGCUGGGCCAGCCGUAGCCAGCUCGCCGGGAGAAGUGGUGGAGACGGCCAGUGCGGCGGCCCUCAGCAGGCUGAAGGAGGAUCGGGCGAGCCCUUCUCCAAGCAGCGCCGAGGACUCAGGGGUGGAGGAAGGGCAGGGCAGUCCGUCAGAGGCUGCCCAUCCCUCGGAGUUCAGGGUAGACAACAAUCACUUGCUUCUUUUGAUGAUCCACGUCUUUCGCGAGAACGAGGAGCAGCUCUUCCGGAUGAUCCGCAUGAGCACCGGACACAUGGAAGGGACCCUCCAGCUCCUUUACUUGCUCCUGACCGACUGUUACAUGUACCUCAUCCGAAAAGGAGCUGCCGAGAAGCCUUACAUGGUGGAGGAGGCUGUGUCCUAUAAUGAGCUGGACUACAUCUCUGUGGGUCUGGAUCAGCAAACAGUGACUUUGGUCUGCACCAACCGCCGGAAGCAGUUCCUGCUGGACACGGCGGACGCUACCCUAACUGAAUUCUUCCUGACCUCUCUGAGGUCCGCCAUGAUCAAAGGCUGCCGCGAGCCGCCAUACCCCAGCAUCCUGACCGAUGCCACCAUGGAGAAACUGGCGCUGGCCAAAUUUGUGGCUCAGGAAUCCAAGCAGGAGAUCUCGGAAGUGGUGGUCCACUUCUAUGGCCUUGUUCACUGGGAAGACCCCACGGAUGAGAAUCCCGGCCCACCUUUGUCUCACUACCUGUCCACUGAAAACUGCAUCGUCAAGGAAGGUGUGCUAAAUUACAAAGCAGGAACCAAUUACCUGGGCAAGGAAGUCUGGAAGCCCUGCUUUGUUGUGCUCAGUAAUGGCAUCUUGUACCAGUACCCAGACCGGACGGACGUCACUCCGCUGAUGUCUGUGAAUAUGGGGGGGGAGCAGUGUGGCGGUUGCCGAAGGUCGAACGCGACAGAUCGGCCCCACUCCUUCCAGGUCAUUUUGACCGAGCGCCCUUCCCUGGAGCUGAGCGCAGAAAACGAAGAGGAGAUGGCCGACUGGAUGCAGUACUUAUGCCAGGCGGUCUCCCAAGGGGUCAUCCCACAGGGCAUGGCCCCUGCACCCUGCGUCCCCUGCUGCCUGGUGGUGACGGAGCAGAAACUGUUCACCUGCCACGAGGACUGCCAGACCAGCUUCUUCCGCUCAUUGGCCACUGCUGAGCUGGCGGACGUGGCUUCUGUCUCCACAGAGUCUGGUCGGGAAUAUUGCCUCCUGGAGUUUGCCCAGGAGCAGAAGCAGUACGUGCCCCCGUGGGUCCUCUAUUUCAGCUGCCCUGCCGAACUGGAGCGGUUCCUGCUGGCACUGGAUGCUGUGUGGAAGAGCACCUACCAGGUGGACCUUCUGCACAAGCCCCUCGAGGACAGCUCCAUCCGGAAGAAAUGCGAGGAUGCGCUGAGCCUGAUCCACAGCAUGUGGCAGCGCAGCGACAGCCUGUGUCGCGGCCGGGCUUCCCGGGACCCCUGGUGUUAGCCUCCCGGGAGGCGAAGAACAGCCUGAUCCCACCAGGCGGACGCACGGACGGGCGCACGAGGGUGGGGAGGACCUGAGGCAGGAGGGGUGCGGGCCUCACUUGCUUUGGACACUCCACGAGCUCAGCUCCAAGCCCAGGAGGGGGGUCUGUUUGCUACCGCUGCUAUUGACUCCGUCUCGCACACCGGUUGGGCUGACGGGUUACAGGACGCCUUUGUGCCAAGGGUGGCUGUCCGUGCCGCAUCUCAGUAGGGAUUCUGGGUAGAAGAGGGAGCAGGAAGCAGGAUUUUUGGGGCCACUCCAGGGUAGGAUGGGGUCCAGGAGAUGGGAGGGAUAGCCAUGAAGAAUGGUGAGCUUAGGGUUCCAGUGGGGAGGGGCUUCUGCACAAAGUGGCGCCAUUAGGCUGGCAGCUGUCCGUCUUUUAGACGCCAGAGCCCAGACUGCAUCAUCCUCCCGCCGCAUGUGUUACUUUUGUCCAAGGCUGGCAGCAAGUCUUGGGCCACUUCCUGGUCCCGGUUUGCCUUUCGCAGCUUCUAUGCUACUGUCAUGGCCGCCUUCCUUGCCCACCCCACCCCUACUGAGCUAGGAAGGAGCCGCUGGGGCUCCCCCACACCCGCCUCUCGUCUCGCCCUGCUCCCUGGCAGCAGAGCCACUGGUGGGGGGAAUUGGGCAACAGGCCUGGGUGUGGGGGGGGGACAGUGUCUCCCACCACUUGGAGCUGAGGGUCCUUCUGCUGGGAGAAUUGGGGGGGCGCAACAGCUCACAGGGCUUUCUGCACACAGACUACCCGCCCAACUUUGGGGGAUCUGGGUUCAAGUUGCAGUUUAAUCCUUCCAACAGUCGAGCUAGGAGUAGUUGUAGUUGCCUUGGGUUUUGUUUUUUUUUUUAAAAAAGCUUUUCUUAUUUUUUAGACUCUUUAAUUUUAACGAAUGAAACGAGAGACCUGCUAAUGUACUGUGUGUGUUUCCCGCAGGGGCCUCUUCCAAGGAGAGGCCCCUGUGGCACUGUGGGUCCGGAUACCCGUGGGCCGGCCCUUCUAAUAAAGGCAACUUGGCGAUACACAGCA